AUGGUCUGCGGCGGCAUGGAUCGGGUGAUAAAUGGAGAACUAAGUUUGGGGAUUGAAAAUUUGGCUUGUGUACGUUGCAAUGAUGGUUUCGAUCUUCAUGAACAAAUUGUAAAUUCAUCCGGACAAGUAUGGCACGCCGACUGCUUUGUGUGUGCGCAGUGUUUUUUACCAUUCCAAGAUGGUAUUUAUUUUGAGUUUGAAGGACGAAAAUAUUGUGAACAUGAUUUCCAUGUACUGUACGCUCCUUGCUGUAGUAAAUGCAAUGAGUUUAUCAUUGGCCGUGUUAUUAAAGCAAUGAACGCAAAUUGGCAUCCAGAAUGCUUUAGAUGCGAACUGUGCAACAGGGAAUUAGCAGAUAUUGGAUUUCUUCGAAAUAGUGGCAGGGCACUCUGCCGAGACUGUAAUGAGACAGAGAAGGAAGCUGGUUCUGGACGUUACGUAUGCCACACAUGUAGGGCGAUAAUUGAAGAUGGUGGCCAUAUAAAGUACAAAGGCGAUAGUUUCCAUCCGUAUCAUUUUAAAUGCAGAAGAUGCGGCAAUGAACUUGACACUGAUGCCCGUGAAAUCGGUGGCGAAUUAUACUGUCUUCGGUGCCAUGACACUAUGGGAAUUCCAAUUUGCGGGGCUUGUCAUCGUCCGAUUGAGGAACGAGUUGUUACCGCUUUGGGAAGGAAUUGGCAUGUUGAGCACUUUGUGUGCGCCGUUUGUGAAAAACCAUUUUUGGGACAUCGGCAUUACGAGAAGAAGGGUCUUCCAUAUUGCGAAACCCAUUACCACAAGCUCUUCGGUAACGUAUGCUUCAAAUGUGGUAACGUGUGCAGCGGCGAGGUGUUUCAAGCACUUCAUAAGUCUUGGUGCAUUAAGUGUUUUGCUUGCAGUUUAUGCGACAAAAAAAUGGACCAUAAAACAAAAUUUUACGAAUUUGAUAUGAAACCAACGUGUAAGCGAUGCUAUGACAGAUUCCCGACAGAGUUGAAGAAGAGAAUCAGUGAUAGUCUGAAAGACAGAGAUUUAGAAAUGGAAAGGAAUCGGACGUUACAGAGUCGUUCGCUAAGUCCUUCGAAAGGUGGAACUUUGAAGAAAUAA